AUGAUGAUGCGACCCGUUGUGUGUUUGCUGGUUUUUCUGCUGAGUGUUGCCUCAAUAUGCGUGGAAGGUGACCCAAACCCUGCUGAGGAAGAUGACCUUAAAGCUGGCACUUCGGAGUGUCCUGCUGGUACUCCUCCUACUACUGGCAAAUGUAGUUCUCUUCCUGGUCCAACACCACCUUCUGCUCCACUUACACCAGGUCCUGCUAAUCCAAAAGGUGAUCAAGAUUCUGGUAAAGCUUCUUGCCCUGAUGGAGAGGGAAGUGACGAUAAUUGUCGUUCUGAGAGUGCUGAUACGUCUUGUUCUUCUACGCCUUCUGAUUCUACUGAUGGUCGUACUUGUCCUCAAACCGCCGUGCAAAAGCCGAAUCACGAUCAGUCUGGUGGUGCUGCAGAUGGUCCUACAGAUGAAAGAGGUACAGUUGGCAGUGGGCAGGUGUCGGAUACUCAUACUGGUAGUGGUCCUGUCUCUCCUUCUGCUCAUCCUACUGCAUCUCCUCCAUCUCAAUCUACUACUGAAGAGAGAAGGGAUCCAUCUCCAACUGUCCCUCAAACUGGAAACAGCGGC